AUGGGACAGAUUAAAGAUGCAAUGAAUGACGUGAGAGACAUGGACACUGGAUCUGGUCUCACUCUGCAAGAGAGAGAAUCGAUGCUAAAUACAUGUGCAGUUUGUGCUCCAACAGGAUUGGCAGCUUACAAUGUGGGAGGUGUGACAGCACACAGACUGUUUCAGCUGCCAAUAGAACACGAUGGACAAUGUGCCUCAUACUGGUCCAUACCAAAGGCUAGUCACGAAGUAAUGAAAACAGAACUUCAGGAUCUGAAAAUGGUAAUCAUUGAUGAAGUGUCCAUGGUUUCUAGCCUCAAUCUCACUUACAUACACAUGAGAAUGAAUGACUUAUUCGAAUCAGACGAAUGGUUUGGUGGCAAGAAUGUCCUCUUUGUUGGUGACAUCCUUCAAUUGCAACCAGUUCGUGGACAACCAGUGUUUGACAAAGUAACAGCAUCAACACUGAAAUACAGACUUGGUAGUAUGGGUGCAGUGAACAUAUGGCGUGAUACUGUCACCUAUGACGAAUUGACAAUAAAUGAAAGACAAAAAACAGACAAGAAAUUUUUGGAAAUGUUGGACAAAGUGAGACGUGGCUUUCCAGACAAUGAGACUCUCGCUACACUUUCCGAAAGGGUAUUUUUGAUGCCCAUUGUGAAAAAAUUUAAAAUAUUACAACAGCGUGGUAACGCCCCAGUUUGCCUGUUUCCAAAAGUAGACAUGUGCAAAGAAUUUAAUGAAACAAUGCUGGCUAAUCUACCAAGUCCAACCGUGAAAAUAAGAGCCACAAAUUUAUUUGAUGGUACUGGCAACAUACAUGUAAGUAGAAAGAAAGAUGAUGAUUUAGAAAAAAAGGUUGAGAAAAAGUUGAAGGAAUUAAAUUAA